GUUAUCUGCUUAGUUUCGCACUUUCCAUGGAAUGGAAGCCAUUUCUGGUCCUCCUCUCAUGCUUGCCAUUUCGACCUUAGAGAGAUGCAAAACCAUGGCUGAACUUCGCCAAAUUCACGCCCAAAUCAUCAAAACCAAUCUCCUCUCUCACUCCUUCACUCUCACCAAACUCAUCUCCUGCUACUGCAGCUUCUCCGGUCCCUACUCCUCCUCCGGUGGCCUAGACUACGCCGUUUCGGUCUUCCGUCGAAUCGAAAAUCCCAACCCCUUCACGUGUUUCAAUCUCCUGAAGUCCCUUUCCGAUAGUUCAAACCCAUUGGAUGCCAUUUCUCUCUUUGCCCAUGUGCUUACUCGUUUGGAAGAUUGGAAAGGAGUUGAGUUUUCUCUGCCUUCUGUGAUCAAAUCUUGCGGCAGAUCUCACGGUUUGGAGGAGGGGAAGCAAGUUCAUGGCUUGGUAUUGAAAACCCAUUUCGUUUUUGAUCCAUACGUGGCGAAUUCGAUGAUCCGAAUGUACUUGGAGGUUGGGGAAGUGGAAUGUGCAAGGCAGCUGUUUGAUAAAAUGCCUGAAAGAGAUGUAGUUUCUUGGAACUCUAUGAUUAAUGGAUAUUUGAGGAUUGGAAAGAUUGAGUUGGCUCGAGAGUUUUUUGAUAAGAUGCCCAAAAGGGACUUGAUUUCUUAUAAUGCAAUGAUUGAUGGAUAUGGGAAGAGUGGAAAGUGUGAACUUGCUGAGGAAAUAUUUGGAAUGACAAGUUGUAAAGAUGUUAAAACUUGGACAUCAAUGAUUUCAGCUUAUGUGUUUAACCAUCAACCGCAGAAAGCUUUAGAUAUGUUUAGGGAAAUGUUGAGUGUAGGAGUUAAACCUGAUGGUCCUGCUCUAGUUAGCGUUCUCUCAGCCAUUGCUGACUUGGGUUUUGUGGAUGAAGGGAAAUGGAUACAUACAUACAUAUCGACUAACAUGAUUCAGGUGAGUUUUGGGUUUAUUGGAUCUGCUCUUAUAGACAUGUAUGCUAAAUGUGGGCAUAUAGAAAAUGCUUACGAAGUGUUCAGAAGAGUAUCUCAUAAUAGAAAUAUUGGAGAUUGGAAUUGUAUGAUCUCUGGCCUUGCAAUCCAUGGCCUUGGUGAUGAAGCUCUUAAGAUCUUUUCCGACAUGGAAAAGAUGGGCAUUGAACCUGAUGAGAUCACUUUCUUAGGACUUCUGAAUGCUUGUAGUCAUAGUGGAUUAGUUGAUGAGGGCCAAUUCUUCUUCAAACUCAUGCAAGAGAAAUACAAUAUUGUUCCAAAGCUUCAACACUAUGGCUGCGUUAUCGAUCUCUUAAGUAGAGCAGGGCAUUUUGAAAACGCACUUAGAAUUUUACAGAACAUGCCUGUCGAGCCAGACGUUUUAGCUUGGAAGGCCAUUCUCAGUGCAAGCACGAAGCAUGGAAAUGUAGAAAUUGGAGAACAUGCUGCUCUUCGAGCUAUAGAGUUGGCACCAGAAGAUUCAAGUUGUUAUGUUCUACUCUCAAAUAUUUAUGCUAAGAUGGGGAGAUGGGAUGAUGUAGCCAAAGUUAGGUUGGUUAUGAAACAGAAAAGAGUUGGAAAGGUUCCGGGAUGUAGUUCAAUCCUUGUCAAAGGGAAAGUUCAUAUUUUUCUUGCUGGAAUGGCAAUGGAUGAGAAAUGUACUGAUGAAGUUCUUUCCAAGAUAGAUGAAAUGGCUUCUCGGUUGAGGUUGGAAGGCUACAAGCCUGACCUGACUCAAGUUCUCUUAGAUGUCGAAGAUGAAGGAAAAGCGAACUUGCUUAGUCUCCAUAGUGAAAAGAUGGCACUGGCAUUUGGAUUUGCAAACAUAAAAGCCGACGCCCCCAUCCACAUAGUGAAGAACUUGCGCAUUUGUUGUGAUUGUCACGCCUUCAUCAAGCUCGUUUCCAAGGUUUACAAUCGUCGAAUCGUUGUAAGAGACCAAAAUCGUUUUCAUCACUUUGAGAAUGGCUUCUGUUCUUGCAAAGAAUAUUGGUAAAAAUAAUUUAGUUUUUGAGUAUUUGUGGUC